CUUGAUUAAGAUGCUCUCAUUUCUGACAGGAAGGUUUGGCACUCUGUAUGACCUGGAAUACACAGGCUCUGUGGUAGAUUAUCUGAAGGCGGAGUUGCGUCCCGUGGAGUGUUUGGAAAGACGAGCGUGGGUUCACAGGAAGCUCUCUGUCUGCUGAACGGAGGAGAGAGAACAGCUGGUCAGGAUGAAUGGACAGAGACCUUUACAGAGGUUGAUGUACACUCCAUCUACUUCAGUGAGCAAGAUCUGUUUCUUCCUGAAGAUGUGUUAAUCAAUGAGAAUUGGCUGAAGAGUCAUCUCCCUUCUCUCACCACCUUAAUGAAGAGGUUAAAACCUUAUCCUGUGUCAGAUCUACCGGAUCUCCAUCAAACUGGAUCAAUGCUCAUAGAGGAGUUCUCACCGUACUCUGCUGUGCCAUAUGAUGCAGUGGCUAGCUGCUCCACUCCUCAGUGGGAUAUUGAAGAGUUCAGGAAAGAGAUGAUUCUGGAUGCAGAAGAUCUGAAGCUGCCAGAUUUUAUUGAAACUGAUGUGCCUCAGAGCCCAGAGCUCCUCCCUUGUCAUCUAAGUAAACUGCAGGACACUCUGAACCUGAGUCCAGAACCAGAUAAAGAGCACAGAUCUGUAUUAGACACCCUCAGGAGAGGCAUGGAAACAUCAUCAGAGUGGGAGACUUUCAGUACUCCUGUGAUUGACCUUACUGUCUCCUCUGCUGAAAGGACAUUGUCUCCAUGUAUAUAAGCUUUUUGAAAUCCUGAUACAAAUUUAUCAUCUUACUGGUAAUUUUUCUGAAUUUAAUUUCCUUAUUUUUAAGUUCCUUUCAGGUCCUAUGUGGAACUGGAGAUGGACCUGAUUCUGUCGCCGCCUUCUCCUCCUCCUCCUCCUGACUCGAAGGUCAGAGCUGAUCUGUGUCUGUCUACCAUUCGGAUCUCAGCUGAGACCCUUUCACCCAUCAACAGAGUGCGUUUGCUCUCAGACAAUGAGCGUGAGGUCCUGGAGAAAGACAUGUGGGUGGCAGAGAAACAUCCUCAGUGUGUAUCUAGACUUCUGCUAGCAGAACCGGGGAGACCUGAACCUCCAGUGAGAUGUCACUCUAUCUCUGAGCUGCUUUCCUCGCUGCAGACUGAGCCAGAAUGUGAUGACACAGACAGGUCUUCCUCCAUUUUACUCUUGCCACUGAAGACCCCUGAUCCCGUUCUCCAACAGGCACUGACUGUAGAGACCCACACAGCUGUGAACACACCGAACACACAGCCAGAGGUGGACAUGACAGAGCAGUUCACACCUCUCACUCUCUCUCACAUCGAUGACUUGCUGGGUGACUCUGAAAAUGUGGUGCAUUCAGCUUCAGCUAUUGUGGAGAGCAGAGCUACAGAGACUGAAGUUCCUUCUGUGGUAUGCAGGAGCAAAACUGCCACAUUUAUUCUACAGGAGUAUGACUCUCAGAAACUAAGCACUGAUAAAGACUGUGCUCUGUCAAAGUCUAGUCCAGUUGCUUGCCAUCCACUGACCAGGAAAUCUAGUGAUCCGUCUGACAACACAGUUAAACACUCGAGUCUGCUGAAGUCUGGAUCAAAGUCAGCUCCCUAUAAUUAUUCAGUAAAAACCGCUCAUGCUAAUAAAAAUGACCCGAGUGUCUCUAAGAAACAGGAGAACUCGCAGAGGUCAGGUUCUGUCAGUGAUUCAGUGAGUGGUACAGAUACAAACACAAGUCUGCUGAAGUCAUCAUCACAUACAGCCACCCACAAGCUGCUGACAAAGGACAACCAAAAGGAGCUGAUUAGAACUGAUAAUAAUCCAAGUAGUACAAAUUACGUACAUACGUUCUCUGAGAAUGCAAUAUUUCAGAAACAAAAUUUUAUACUGCAGUAUGCAUACACAACUGCUCAAAAUUAUUCAACAGAAAACACCAAAACAAACACCAUUGUUAGUAGGAGUAAUCCAAAUAAGCUCUCUUCUGAGACUACCACUAUAGACAGAGAUCUGAAUCUCUGCCGUUCACCAAGGGAAUAUUCUACAAGUGCUCAGAUAGAACAGCGACUAGAGAUCCACAACAACACAAAUCAUCAUAAUCUCUCAACUGACAAACCCUUAAACAGAGCAGGUUCCUUACCAACCCCAGGAGAUGCACAUGAAUAUUCAAACAAAGCCACGGAUUCAGAGCAACUGCUUUCACCUAACCUGUGUCACAAAUAUUUGUUUUCUGAGAACAUGGCUGAAAAGGAACACUCUGGAUUGCAGCAGGCAAAGAUGGCUUACAGUUAUUCAGCCACUCACACUCAGCCUGGUCCUAGUAAUCCUACAAGUCCUCCUAGUAAUAUUUCUGAGAAUCCAGCCAAAAGCUUUGUUUUGCUGAAUUCUUUAUCAACCCCACUCAGUCACAGAGGGACAAUGUCACACACUUCAAAUGCUUCAGACAAACGGUUCACUGUGCCCCAGAAUUCAGGAAUGACCCCAACGCCAUCCGGACCUUCAGCACCAAGGAGCAGCAAUGGAGAGAAAGAGAUGUCAUCUGUCUGGGGACCUCAGGAGUGCUUGGACCCUGUGACUUCUUUUAUGAUGCUGAGAGGUGUCCUGAAGUUUACAGUGGAACAAAAACCUGAAGCAACACCACUGUGCAGCACAGGGACAGAACUUUCUCAAAAGUCUACACUGAAGUUCACAGAUGGUUCAAAUAGGACGGUACUAGAGCAGGUCCCAGAGAUGAAGAUGAACACUGAGUCCAGCCCUCCUGUUCUGAAAAGACCCUUCUGUACAACUGUACAUGUGCCACCUACAGACACAGAGAGAGCUGCGUACAGGGAGCUGCAUUCACUGGCCCACCCUGUCCUUUGCAGGAUAAUCGAGUCAGGCGCUCUGAGAAAUACAGACUUCAGCAGCCUGACUCCUGAACACACUCGAGUCUGUCUCAAACAGCAGGAGAAGCUGCUCAGUACAGGACAGGGUCAGACACACACCAACAUUGGCACCAAACACACAUUAACACACACUACAGCAACACAACUGACAUGGCAGAUUAGUGAUAUACUGACCAGUGCGAUAGCAGAGCUUUAGGAGAUCUAAUUUAGAGUAUAUCAUUAUGUACAUUAAAUAAUCUCUUAAUUAAUGUUCAUGAUUUAAUGCCACUUAAGUGUGUGUCAGAUGUGUACAACUGUGUGCCAGUUAGGCAGGGAAUGUGUGUAUAAAGACGUAGACCUGCUUCAUACAUUAGUCACAUUAAAGGACCUGCUGCUCAGGUGUGACCUCAACACUGCAACAGGUAAACACACACUCUGAACUCUAAACCCUCCUUUCUCAUUCUGUUUUCUGGUAUCUAUGAGAUGUGAGAGUUAACAUUGUGUAUGUUUGUGUGAGGCCAUCUGGAGAAGGCACAUGCCACCUGUACAAUGGCUGGUCUGAGAGAGCUGCUGAGGAAGUUUCAGGUGCUGCAGUAUCUAAGCAGGAAGUGGGUGCAGCCUCAGCUCAGAGUGCAGCACCUGCAGGAACAGAUCUGCACUUGGCUGCAAAGAACAUCCUUUCAGAAAGUGAGACAUUUGGGCAGUGUCCCAAAUAUACAGUAAAUGCUCACUGGGUAGAGGACAUUACAGCACUGAGUGAUUUUUGUUGUGUGUGAAUGCGUGUUUAGAUUCUGAUCGUGGUGGCAGUAGAGAAUGUAAGAGAGGAGUUAGUGAUGGCUCUUAGUCAGAUUCCAGGUCAGAUUGUUCAUCAGACACUGUUCUUUUUAACAACAGGGAAAAGUGGCAACACUGGACACUGUGUGUGUGUGUGUGUGUGUGUGUGUGUGUGUGUGUGUGUGUGUGUGUGUGUGUGAUAACUAGGAAAUUCGGUAGCUGCACUUACACCAGAACAGGACAGCAGUGUGGACAUUAAGACUGUUACAGACAGGUGUGUUUUGUGAGUGUAUGU